AUGGGUGUCCUCAGCAAAUUGGGCUACAACCCGAAAAAGCAUCCAGAUGCCUGCUUGUUCGUCCGAAACGUGGCUGCCGAAGGCCGCGGGUUCGAGUUUGCCAUGUUUUACAAUGGCUCGGAGAGACGGAUGGCAGUUCUCCUCCAAACUGGGUCGCAUUUGGAAGGGAUGAUCGGAUUCGUGCAUGGGGGGGCCGUGGCCGCCAUCCUGGAUCACACCUUUGCGAGUUGCGGCAUCUGUGCCUCGGGGUUCGUGGUGACCGCCAACCUCUCCGUGAACUACAAGAGCCCCAUCCCGCUGGGCUCUGUAGUCCUCGUGGAAACCAAGGUGGAGAAAGUAGAAGAGAAGAAGAUUUUUCUGUCCGGGUGUGUGCGGAGUACCAACGCGCGAAUCCUUCACGCAGAAGCCACAG